UGGACAGCCAUAAUCAGGUCUUUCCAGAGAUACUCCAUUGGGUUUAAGUCAGGGCUCUGGCUGGGCCUUUCAGAAACAGUCACUGAGUUGUUCUGAAGCCACUCCUUCGGUAUUUUAGCUGUGUGCUUAGGGUCAUUGUCUUAAUUGAAGGUGAACCUUCGACCCAGUCUGAGGUACUGAGCACUCUGGAUUAGGUUUUUCGUCCAGGAUCUCCCCGUACUUGUCCGCAUUCAUCUUUAUAUAGGGGUAGAAUCAAUCGUGGAGUUAUGUAGUGUUAAAAUAUAUAGAGAAAGGAGUGAAUUGAGGAGAAUGCAGGAGAUAUUUGAAAUGAGAGGAAUUUCGAGUAAACGAACAUAAAAUCUUUCUGUAUUUAUUAGAAUUUCUGAGGACAACUGGACUAUAUAGGAGACUUAGAAACGCAUAUACCUUUGUUUACGGUGUGUAUAUAUAAGUGUAUUGGGUCAGUAUAUGUCAUAUUCGUAAUUGUAAUAUGUCAUAAUAUAGUACCGAGAUGAACGGAAUAGCCUCAAAGCCAAUGCAGUUAUCAUGGCCGACCAAAAGGUGGUGACAGCGCAAUAGUCGAGUUUGCAGACCGCCGUUAAACACCAGAAAAAGAAGAAGAAGAAGAAGGAGGAGACGAAGAAGAAGCAGAAGAAGAAGAAGGAGACGAAGAAGAAGCAAAAGUAGACGUCCCCGGAAGCACACGUGUCGUGCCACGCCACACGAUUGUCACGCUGUAAACAACAACAGCAACGAUGGCCCACUUCGAGGAAGUGUCAAAACUGUCUAGUAUGCACCCGAAACCGCCAGGCUUGGUCUUGCAGUAUGGCACGGCUGGUUUCAGGACCGACGCUGGUCGACUGGAUCACGUCAUGUUCCGCAUGGGCCUGCUGGCCACGCUGCAAUCCAAACAAACCAAAGCGACCGUCGGCGUCAUGGUCACCGCCUCCCACAACCCCGAGCUUCCUGUCGGUCUUGCAGGAGGACAACGGGGUGAAGCUGAUUGACCCCAUGGGCGAGAUGGUGCCGCCCGCUUGGGAGGGCUACGCCACCCGGCUGGGCAACGCGGAGCAGCAGGAGUUGCUUUCGGUCCUGGAGGACAUCAUGGAGAAAGAAGACAUCGACAGGAGCCAGGAAGCCUCAGUGUUUGUGGGCAAAGACACCAGGAGCAGCAGUGCCAGCCUGUCGCAAGCAGUACUGGACGGCGUGUCAUCAUUGAGGGGACGCAGCAAAGACUACGGCUUGGUGACCACCCCGCAGCUCCACUACAUGGUUUGCUGUCACAACACACAGGGCCGCUACGGCGAGGCCUCGGUGGAAGGAUACUACAUGAAACUCUGCCAGGCGUUCAUCGAGCUCACCAAGAAUACACCCAACCGUACGGACGACCAGAAGCACCUGACAGUGGACGGCGCCAACGGCAUCGGCGCGCUGAAGGUGCGCGAGAUGGAGCGUCACCUCAAGAGGGAGCUGCAAAUUACCCUCUUCAACGAAGGCCACGGAAAACUCAACCACCAGUGCGGGGCUGACUUUGUCAAAGUGCAGCAAAAGCCGCCCACGGGUGUGAUUUGUAGCCUUUUGGAUUUAUAUACAAACAUACCGUUAAAUGUUUCAUGUUUCAUUCCCCGGGUUUCCAUGGUAGGCGUGAAGGUCUGCAGCGGCGAGCGCUGCUGUUCAUUUGACGGCGACGCCGACCGCAUCGUUUAUUUCUACACCGACUCGGAGGGUCGCUUCCACCUGCUGGACGGAGACAAGAUAGCGACGCUCAUCAGCACGUUCCUCAAAGAGCUGCUCGUGCAGGCUGGUCUAAAUUUUAAGAUAGCCGUGGUGCAAACCGCGUACGCGAACGGCAGCUCCACACGCUACCUGGAGGACACCAUGAGGGUGAUUGUGAGAUGCACAAAGACGGGAGUGAAGCACCUCCAUCACGCGGCGCAGGAUUUUGACACGGCCGUUUACUUUGAGGCUAACGGCCACGGCACCGUGUUGUUCAGCCGCGCGGCCGAGGACAAGAUCAAGCGACUGGCUGAGGACAUCCGCACAGACGACACCAAGAAGAGAGCGGCCAUUCUUCUGCAGCACACCGUCAACGUCAUCAACCAGACCGUCGGUGACGCCAUUUCCGACAUGCUGCUGAUCGAGGCGAUAUUGGCCUUGAAGGGAAUGACCGUGCAGCAGUGGGACGCCAUCUACACCGACCUGCCCAGCAGGCAGAUUAAAGUAAAGGUGUCGGACCGGCGGGUGAUCGACACGACCGACGCCGAGAGACGGGCGGUGAGCCCGCCGGGUCUGCAGGACGCCAUCGACGCCUCAGUCGGGAAGUACCGACGCGCCCGCUCCUUCGUGAGGCCGUCCGGCACAGAGGACGUGGUCAGAGUUUACGCUGAGGCCGACACUCAGGAGAGCGCUGACUCCCUGGCGCAUGAAGUGAGCCUUGCUGUGUAUCGCCUCGCUGGCGGGGUGGGAGAUGAACCAAAACUUUUGCACUAAAACAAUAAUAACAAAUCUCUUAGUGUACGUUUGACUGUAAAUUGAUACUUGAACACAACACUAAGUUGCAAUGCAAUGCAAUCAUACGUUUUGUAGCCAUUUUCAGAGGGGCCAAAUAUUGCACGGUUAAAUACUUUUUAUUCCCGUGACAUAAUUGUCACACCAUCAGGAGUAGGAGUUUUAUUGUAGAAAAACAGUUUUCCUCACGCCUUGGAUCUACUCUCGCAUAUAAAUUAUGACUUGACACUUUGUGAUUUUCUUUUUGAUUUGAUUUUGAAAAUGAUGCAUCAAGAAAGCAAAUCAAGUUGACGUGUGUUAAUAUUUUGUAUUUUUAGACACUUGAUCACAGAUGAUGAAUUAAACUGGUAAGCACAAUGUCAA